CUCGAUGGAUCUAUUAAAAAAAAUACAUCCUUGAUCAAGAAACUCAAGUCUGGAAUAACUUCCACUCAGUUUGCUGCUAUUAAAAAAGAUGUUCUUUCUCUUAAACUUGAGAAAUAUAUCGAAGAAGUCGCCUUGUCCAUCUCUGAAGCCAUCUACAAAACAUCUUCUGAUAUUUGGGCUGCAGUAGAAAUCUCAUCGCUAAUCCAUCAACGUUACGCUGCAUUUUCCCCAUUGUUGCUGGCAAACACAUUAAAACACUUUGGUCCACCACCGAGCUUUGUCGGUGUAGCAACUGAACAGCGGGAAAGAGAUGAGACUGUGAGAGUUCAUCGACAACGCAGCUCACUAAGGUUUAUUUCUGAACUCUAUUUGGUUGGAAUUGCUCAAGAUCCACCUAAAAGCAAAGAUGGUUUGAUUGGAAAUAUUUUAUUUGAAAUGGCAUGUUUUAAAGACAAGACCCAUUUGAAUAUAUCCAUUUGUGUCGCAUUCGUUAAAUUCUUUUCAAUAUGCAUCAUUGACUCGAAACAUUUGCAGUCUGAAGAAACUGCCGAUCAAGACAACCACGAUCAAUCGACUACUAUGAUUCUUGAUUCGCUGAUCCCCUCUCAUUAUCGAACAAGUAUCUCCAAGAUACUAAACAGCUAUUUUGAUUCAGCCGCCUUUCAUUUGAUUCGUGAUCAUCAGCAUGUGAAGCGUUUAGAAAAAAUCACUAGUGAUUGUUUCAUUGCUCGUGGUGAGAUAUAUGAGGAUAAACAAGAUGCCUACGACAAGACUGUCAAGGUUUAUCAAAAACUGCGUACAUCCGUCGAAACACUGUCCACCUAUUUGAAAAGAGAUAUGCCUGAGUUAGCUGAAGACGACGAUGCUGCUAGAUCGGGAAUGAACAUUAUCAUGUCUGGCGGAAAAAGCAUCCGUGAUGAAAAGUUUAAAACAGGCAUUUGGGAAGAUGAAGAAUCAAAAUUGUUUUAUGACAAUAUUCUUGAUUUGAAAAAUCAAGUUCCUGCCAUUCUCCUUGGUAUCAGACCCAAAGAUGACAAACCAUCCGAGGAUACUGUAUCCAAAUCAGAUGACAAUGCACCUACAGAAGAUCAGGAUAAUCCAAUUUCGCCAACCACGCAUGAACACGAAGAAAAAAAAGUUGAAUCCGCUUCGUUUAAUGCUACUCUUAUUACAAUCUUUUCUCGAAUGUUAAAUGCGGUAAACAAGGAAACAAUAGAUCAAAUUGCUGUAGAAUUUGCUUUUCAAAACAAUCGAGGAUCGCGACGAAAAAUGGUGGAAACUCUACUGGCUCUUUCGUAUCAAAGAUUAGAUUUGAUUCCAUACUAUUCUCGUUUAAUCGCAACUCUAAAUCCUUACAUGCCAGAUAUUGGCACAGGUCUCAAUCGAAUGUUUCAUGCCCAACAAAAGCGAAAAGAACAAAUGUUCAUUGACAAAAAAAUCAAGGCAUGUAACCAUGUUAUUCGCUAUAUCGGUGAGCUGACCAAGUUCAGAAUCACACCCUUGCACGUUGUCUUUCAUGUGAUCAAAGUUUUGCUGGAUGAUUUCAUGCAUCAUAAUGUGGAUCUUUUGUGUGCCUUGCUUGACAACUGUGGUCGUUUUUUGUUUCGUCAUCCUGAUACAAAUGCCCAAACAGCCGAUUUUAUUGAGAUUAUGCAGCGUAAAAAAAUCUCUCAAAAUUUAGACAGCAGACAUAUAUUCAUGAUUGACAAUGCCAUCCAUGAAUGUAACCCACCAGACACAGUUGCAUUCACAAUCAAGCAGCGCGAGCCCAUGGUUCAAUACCUUCGUAAGCUGAUCUACUAUGACCUGGACCUUUCCUCUGCGCGAUCUAUUCUUGUUCAAUUGCGCAAAGCCAACUGGUCUGAUCCACUUGUACUUGCCACGAUGCGUAAACUGUUUACAAAAAUUUGGAAAAUCAAGUUUUCAAAUUUGGGUUUGAUGGCGUUUCUAUCCAGCGAACUUUCACGGUAUUACCCAGAAUUUGGCGUAGCAAUUGUUGAUAGCUGUUUAGAAGAUAUUCGUUGCUCGCUUGAGGAGAAUAUAUUCAAGCACAAUCAACGUCGUAUCUCCACAGCCAAGUUUUUGGGACAUUUGCACACCUACAGAAUGGUGGACAGCAAUGUGAUUUUUGAAACAUUGUAUUUAUUGCUGCGAUUUGGUCAUGUGGGAGGUGUACCAAUGCCACAUGUGUCUUGUCCACUUGAUGCUGCAAAUGAUUUUUUCCGUUUACGGUUGGUUUGCACGAUUCUAGAUGCAUGCGGGAGCGCAUUUCAAACAGGAAUAGAUGGUCGUUCACUUGAUGAUUUUCUUGCAUUCAUGCAAAUGUACAUGUUCACCAAAACAGCCUUACCCAUGGAGGCCGAGUUUUUCAUUGAUGAAACACUGGAGAUGGUAAGACCCAAACUAAUUCGUGUCAAGUCUUAUGACGAGGCAGUUGAGCUCGUUAACAAGAUUGCUGAACGCCAAUCUAAAGUUCAACGUGCAAUGGUACCCACUGCUGGUGUACAUGGUGAUAGUUCAACCACCACCACUGCUUUUGAAGGUGUGCAGGAUGAUGCUGAUGACGAAGUGCUCGAUCUUCAAGGUAGCGAUGCAGAAGAAGAAGCUGAUUUGGAAGAUCUUUCUGAUGACGAGAAUGGUGAACAUAACGAGAGUCUGAACGAUGAUGACGAAGAAGAGUUGGUGAUCCGCAUGGCACCACCACCCAAAACCGAAGAAGAUUUAGACUUUGAACGUGAGUUUAGCUCCAUGAUGCAAGAGAGUCUUGAUAGUCGUAAGAAUGAGCGCAAGCCUAGUCUUUUUGAUGCACCCAUCCCUAGACGACUCAAGUCUACUGCUGCUCCCACUGGAAAUUUAAAUAUCUCUCCAGCCAAGAGCGACGAAAUGGAUGAAGCAGACGAUGAAGGUUUUGUAAAGUUUACAAUGCUAACUCGGCGUGGCAACAAACAGCAAGCAAAAACGAUGGAACUACCUGCCGAUAGUCUUUUUGCUGUGAGCACGCUUUUUAAGCAGCAGGCAGAACAGGAGGAAAAGACUCGAUUAAAAAAGCUUGUAUUGGGUUACGAAGAACGAGAGCGAAGCAAUUUUUUACGAGAGCAAGCCUUUCAGAAUGGGAGUUGGCAAGCAUCGGCAGCAUUGUUUAACGGCCCAAGUAAUGACACAGUCGACGCUCCUAGUAAUAGUAGCCGAGGUAGAGGUAGAGGCAAAGGUCGCGGAUCGUACCGAGUAAUUUGGACUUCCGCUCCAUGA